CGUUUUUUCUAUACUGUGUUAUGUUUGUUCGCGUAUCACUCCUUACAGGCUGUUUGGUGUACGUUUUUUUUGGGGGGGUGAGAUGAAAUCUCCAACUGUGAAAGAUAUAGUAUGACAGGUUUGAAUGGACAGAGGUUUGAAGAAUGCCAUCAUUAACGACCACUCUCUUAUAAUCGCAAAUUUACGGCGUCACUGAUGUUCUUCUACCCACUAUUGCCCAUAUUUUGGGCUGUUUCUGCAAAGGCAGAUUUCUUUCAAUUUGACAGUAUUUCUAAUGUAUCUACGUAUUAUUUCAAUUAUAUUUAUUGUAAUAUAUGGGAAGGGGAGUGUCAACAGAAUCAAGAUGAUGCGACUCAGCAAGUACCUACUAGGGACCUAUGGGCAGCAUUCCCUCAAGACUAUAUCAGUUUGCUGUCACAGUGGUAUUGCAGCCUGGGACAGUGCUGUGAAUCAGGGGAUUGUCGGAUAACAAAUAAUAUUACAGGUCUGGCUAGUGAUCUACAGCUAAAGCUUCAUGGGCAGCACCUUGCCCAAUCAGUGGUUCUGAAGGCUGUGCAGGGCUUUAUCAGUAACCCUGAAUCCAAUAAGCCAUUGACCCUCUCCUUCCAUGGCUGCUCUGGCACGGGCAAGAACUUUGUGACCCGGAUUGUAGCUGACAACUUGUACCGGGACGGGGUGAAGAGCGAGUGUGUGCGUCUGUUCAUCGCCCCAUUCCAUUUCCCCCAUGCCAGACUGGUGGACACGUACAAGGGCCAGCUCAGAGAAGCUAUCCGGGACAUGGUGCUGCGUUGCCCACAGACACUUUUCAUCUUUGAUGAGGCUGAGAAACUGCACCCUGGCCUUAUAGAUGCUAUCAAGCCCUAUAUGGACCAUUAUGACAAUGUGGAUGGGGUCAGCUAUAGGAGGGCUGUCUUCUUAUUCCUCAGUAAUAUAGGUGGGACCACCGUCAACGAUGUGGCCUUAGACUUCUGGCACUCAGGGCAAAACAGAGAGGACAUUGGGAUGGAGGACUUGGAACACCGACUACGUGCUGAAGCUAUGGAUUCUCAAGGAGGCUUUGCACAGAGUGAACUGAUGUCAGGUCACCUUAUUGACUUCUUUGUGCCCUUCCUACCUCUGGAGUACCGUCAUGUCAAGCUCUGUGCCCGUGAUGCCUAUGCAGCGCGGGGUCUGGAGCCAGACGAGGGAACGUUGGACGAAGUGGCGAAGGCCAUGCUAUAUACACCCAAGGAGGAGAGGCUGUUCUCUGCCCAAGGCUGCAAAUCCAUACCACAGAGGAUCAAUUUCUUCCUACCCUAAACAGACCAAUGCAACCCAGGAAACACAUGAACAGUGUUUUGGCAAAAAGGAAAAAGUAUGUCCUGACACAUUGAACAUUUCUGCAAUGGCACAUGUCAAUUGAACAUGUGGUAUGCCCACUCUUCACCCUACACUACCAAGAAAGGAAGAAUAGAGCAUCUGGCUAUAGUAAGAUUCAAUCUGAUAACGAAGAGAUUUUAGAGUGCAUUUUCAACUUCCUCAUUAGACAAUUUUUAUGCAAUUAUUUUACGUGAAGCUCAGGUCAACUAGUAUUAUUAUUUGCAUGUACAGUACCAGUCAAAUGUUUGGACACACCUACUCAUCCAAGGGUUUUUCUUUAUUUUUACUUUUUUCUACAUAAUAGAAUAUAUAUAAUAUAUGUAGAAUAAUAGUGAAGACAUCAAAAUUAUGAAAUAACAUAUGGAAUCAUGUAGUAAGCCAAAGUGUUAAAAAUCAAGUUAUAUUUGAUUCUUCAAAGUAGCCACCCUUUGCCUUGAUGACAGCUUUGCACACUUGCAAUUCUCUCAACCAGCUUCAUGAGGUAGUCACCUGGAAUGCAUUUUAAUUAACAGGUGUGCCUUGUUAAAAGUUAAUUUGUGGAAUUUUUUCCCUUAAUGCGUUUGAGCCAACCAGUUGUGUUGUGACAUGGUAGGGGUGGUAUACAGAAGAUGGCCUUAUUUGGUAAAAGACCAAGUCCAUAUUAUGGCAAGAACAGAUCAAAUAAGAAAAGAGGAAUGACAGUCCAUUACUUUAAGACAUAAAGGUCAGUCAAUCUGGAAAAUGUCAAGAACUUUGACAGUUUCUUCAAGUGCAGUUUCAAAAACAAUUAGGUGUUAUGAUGAAACUGGCUCUCAUGAGGAAUGACACAGGAAAGGAAGACCCAGAGCUACCUCUGUUGAAGAGGAUAAGUUCAUUAGCGCUAUCAAGAUGGCGCCGACAGAGGGUCAUCUCACCCCUAGUCCUUAGGAAACAAUACAGUAUUUCAGGGGGGGGUUUCAGUUGUUUGUUUUUUUUUUUUUACGUUGUUAGGCCAGAAAAUCUUUAGUGUUAUUACAUACAGCCGGAAAGAAAUAGAGGAUAUCAGAGCAAUGGCAACUUACCAACAUUACGUCCAGGAAUAUGACUUUCUCGAAGCGGAUCCUUUGUUUGCACUGCAACCCAUGUUGUUGGAGUCGGUACAGCCACCGGGAUUCUUUAGGAGUCGCGGUAACAGAAAUAAACAUCUCUUUGAAGAAGGGCAGGGGUGUAUGCUUCAUGAUUAAUGACUCAUAGUAUAAUCGUAACAACAAACAGGAACUCAAGUCCUUUUGUUCACCUAACCUAGAAUUCCUCACAAUCAAAUGCCGACCAUAUUAUCUCCCAACGGAAUUCUUGUCCGUUAUUGUCACAGCUGUGUAUAUCACCGCUCAAACCGAUAUCACAACGGCCCUCAAGGAACUUCACUGGACUCUAUGCAAACUGGAAACCAUAUCCUGAGGCUGCAUUUAUUGUAGCUGGGGAUAACAAAGCAAAUUUGAGAACAAGGCUACCUAAAUUCUAUUAGCAUAUUGAUUGUAGCACUUGUGCCGUCAAUACACUGGAUCACUGCUUCUCCAACUUCCACGAUAUAUACAAGGCCCUCCCCCACCCCCCCUUUGGCAAAUCUGACCACAACUCCAUUUUUCUCCUCCCGUCCUAUAGGCAGAAACUCAAACAGGAUGUACCCGUGACUAGAACUAUUCAACGCUGGUCUGACCAAUUGGAAUCCAUGCUUCAAGAUUGUUUUGAUCACACCGACUGGGACAUGUUCCGGGCAGCCUCUGAGAAUAAUAUUGAUUUAUACGCUGAUUCGGUGAGUGAGUUUAUAAGGAAGUGCAUGGCCGAUGUAAGACAUUUAAACGUGUUAACCCUCGCAAGGCUGCCGGCCCAGACGGCAUCCCUAGCCGUGUCCUCAGAUCAUGGUGCAGACCAACUGGCUGGUGUGUUUAUGGACAUAUUCAAUCUCUCCCUAUCCCCGUCUGCUGUCCCCACAUGCUUCAAGAUGGCCACCAUUGUUCCUGUACCCAAGAAGGCUAAGGUAACACAACUAAUUUACUAUCUCCCCGUAGCACUCACUUCUGUCAUCAUGAAGUGCUUUGAGAGACGAGUCAAGGAUCAUAUCACCUCCACCUUACCUGCCACCCAGGACCCACUUUAAUUUGCUUACUGCCCCAAUAGGUCCACAGAUGAUGCAAUUGCCAUCACACUGCCUAUCCCAUCUGGACUAGAGGAAUACCUAUGUAAGAAUGUUGUUAAUUGACUACAGCUCAGCAUUCAACAACAUAGUACCCUCCAAGCUCAUCGUUAAGCUUGAGGCCCUUGGUCUCAACCCCGCCCUGUGCAAUUGGGUCCUGGACUUUCUGACGGACCACCCCCAGGUGGUGAAGGGAGAAAACAACAUCUGCACUUUGCUGUUCCUCACCACUGGGGCCCCACAAGGGUGCGUGCUCAGCCCCCUCCUGUACUCCCUGUUCACCCAUGCCUGCGUGGCCAUGCACGCUUCCAACUCAAUCAUCAAGUUUGCAGACGACACAACAGUAGUGGGUUUGAUUGCCAACAACAACGAGAAAGCCUACAGGGAGGACGUGAGGGCACUCAAGAGUGUGGUGUCCGUAAAACAACCUCUCACUCAACGUCAACAAAACAAAGUUAAUGUUCGUAGACUUCAGUAAAUAGCAGUGGGCGCACCCCCAUAUCCACAUCGACGAGACAGCAGUGGAGAAGGUGCGUUCCUUUGCGUACACAUCACGGACAAACUGAAAUGGUCCACCAACACACACAGUGUGGCGAAGACAACACCUAUUCAACCUCAGGAGGCUAAAGAAAUUUGGUUUGUCACCUAUAACCCUCACAAACUUUUACAGAUGCACAAUUGAGAGCAUCCUGUCUGGCUGUAUCACUGCCUGGUACGGAAACUGCACUGCCCACAACUGCAGGGGUCUCCAGAGAGUGGUGCGGUCUGCCCAACGCAUCACCGGGGGCAAACUACCUGCCCUCCAACUACAGCACCUGAUGUCACAUGAAGGCCAAAAAGAUCAUCGAGGAUAACAACCAUCUGGGCCACUGCCUGUUCACCCCGCUACCAUCCAGAAGGUGAGGUCAGUACAGGUGCAUCAAAGCUGUGACCGAGAGACUGAAAAACAGCUUCUAUCUCAGGGCCAUCAGACUGUUAAACAGCCAUCACUAACACAGAGAGGCUGCUGCCUACAUACAGUGAAGACAUCAAAACUAUGAAAUAACACAUACGGAAUCAUGUAGUAACCAAAAAAAGUGUUAAACAAAUAAAAAUAUAUUUUAUAUUUGAGAUUCUUCAAAGGAGCCACCCUUUGCCUUGACAGAUUUGCACACUCUUGAAUUCUCUCAACCAGCUACACCUACAGAAAUCCUUGGCCACAUUAAUAAAUGGAUCACUAGUCACUUUAAUAAUGGCACUUCAAUAAUGUUUACAUAUCUUGCAUUACUCAUCUCAUGUAUAUACUGUAAUUUAUACCAUCUACUGCAUCUUGCCUAUGCCGCUUGGUCAUCGCUCAUAUAUAUAUAUAUAUGUAUUCUUAUUCCAUCCCUUUACUUAGAUUUAUGUGUAUUAGGUAGUUGUGGUGGAAUUGUUAGUUUACUUGUUAUAUAUAUUACUGCACUGUCGGAACUAGAAACACAAGCAUUUCACUACACUCGCAAAAACAUCUGCUAACCAUGUGUAGGUGACCAAUACAAUUUUAUUUGAUGUAGAGAUAACUGCACCUCAGAUUGCAGCACAAAUAAAUGCUUUACAGAGUUCAAGUAACAGACACAUCUCAACAUCAACUGUUCAAAGGCGACUACGUGAAUCAGACCUUCAUGGUCGAAUUGCUGCAAAGACACCACCUCUAGAAGGACACGAAACACAAGCAAUGUACAUUAGACUGGGGGCAAUCUGUCCUUUGGUCUGAUGAGUCCCACCGUGAAGCAUGGAGGAUGAGGUGUGAGAAUGCUUUGGCCUCCAAUCACCCAACCUCAACCCAAAUGAGAUGGUUUGGGAUGAGUUGGACCGCAGACUGAAGGAAAAGCAGCCAACAAGUGCUCAGCAUAUGUGGGAACUCCUUCAAGAGUGUUGGAUAAUCUUUCCAGGUGUAGCUGGUUGAGAGAAUUCAAGAGUGUGCAAAUCUGUCAAGGCAAAGGGUGGCUCCUUUGAAGAAUCUCAAAUAUAAAAUAUAUUUUUAUUUGUUUAACACUUUUUUUGGUUACUACAGGAUUUCGUAUGUGGUAUUUCAUAGUUUUGAUGUCUUCACUAUUAUUCUUCAAUGUAGGAAAUAGUAAAAAUAAAGAAAAACCCCUGAAUUAGUCGGCGUGUCAACUUUUGAGUGGUACUGUAUAUCCUUUUGUUUUGUUGGCACUGAUGAUAUAUUACAACUAUCUGCUUAAGCAGUGGUAGGCACAUUCAAUGCAAAGGAAGAAAUACUGUAAAUUGCAGCAAACUAGACUAAAUAUAAAUAAAUUAACCUUUGAAGGGCAUGUUAAUGAUUAUUCUAGAAUUGUAUAUAGAUGACUUGUUUUACAGGUUGAUUAAAUAUUUGCAGGUUAACAGUGUGACAUCACUUUAAAUAAUUUAUAACCUGCUCAAUAAUUGCAAUUCAGGUUAGAAGAAAGUAGUAUUGAUGUGCAAUUGUACAGGCAACUGCUUAUUGUUGAAAUGGUUACUGAACUACAGUGCAUUUGGAAAUUAUUCGGACCCCUUGAAUUUUUACCCAAAUUUAACGUUACAGCCUUAUUCUAAAAUGUAUUAAAUAGCUUUUUUUCCUCAUCAAUUUACACACAAUACCCCAUAAUGAAAAAAUAAUGUGUUGCACAUUCCUUAAAAAUAAAAAUCUCAUUUUUUUAAUUUUUAAUUUAUUUUACCUUUAUUUAACCAGGCAAGUCAGUUAAGAACAAAUUCUUAUUUUCAAUGAGUAUUCAGACCCUUUCCUCAGUACGUUGUUGAAGCACCUUUGGCAGCAAUUACAGCCUUGAGUCUUCUUGGGAAUGAUGGUACAAGCUUGGCACACCUGUAUUUGGGGAGUUUUUCCAAUUCUUCUCUCUCAAGAUCUGUCCGGUUGGAUGGGGAGCAUCGCUGCACGGCUAUUUUCAGGUUUCUCCAAAGAUCAGGUUAAAGUCUGGGCUCUGGCUGAGCCACUCAAGGACACUCGGAGAAUGGUCCUGAACCCACUCCUGCGUUGUCUUGUCUGUGUGCUUAUGGUUGUUGUCCUGUUGGAAGGUGAACCUUCGCCCCAGUCUGAGGGCUCUGAAGCAGGUUUUCAUCAAGGAUGUCUCUGCGCUAGAGGUCGACCAUCUUUCACUCGAUCCUGACUAGUCUCCCAGUCCCUGCCACUGAAAAACAUCCCCACAGCAUAAUUCUGCCGCCGUGCUUCACCGUAGGGAUGGUGCCAGGUUUCCUCCAGAAUUGGCAUUCAGGCCAAAGAGUUCAAUCUUGGUUUCAACAGACCAAAUUAUAUAUCUUUUUUCUCAGAGUCCUUUAGGUGACUUUUGGCAAACUCCAAGCGGGCUGUCAUGUGCCUUUUACUGAGAAGUGGCUUCCGUCUGGCCACUACCAUAAAGGCCUGAUUGGUGGAGUGCUGCAGAGAUGGUUGUCCUUCUGGAAGGUUCUAUCUCCACAGAAGAAAUCUGGAGCUCUGUCAUCGGGUUCUUGGACCCCUCCCUGACCAAGGCCCUUCUCACCCGAUUGCUCAGUUUGGCCGGGCAGCCAGCUCUAGGAAGAGUCUUGGUGUUUCCAAACUUCUUCCAUUUAAGAAUGAUGGAGUGUUCUUGGGGAUUUCAAUGAUGCAUACAUUGUCUCGGAGCUCUACGGACAAUCCCUUCGACCUCAUGUCUUGGUUUUUGCUCUGACAUGCACUGUCAACUGUGGGACAUUAUAUAGAUAGGUGUGUGCAUUUCCAAAACAUGUCCAAUCAAUUGAAUUUACCACAGGUGGACUCCAAUCGUGUUGUAGAAACAUCUCAAGGAUGAUCAAUGUAAACAGGAUGCACCUAAGCUAAAUUUUGAGUCUCAUAGCGAAGGGUCUUUUAUUUAUUCAUUCUCCCCAAUUUCGUGGUAUCCAAUUGGUAGCUAGUCUUGUACCAUCACUGCAACUCCCAUACGGACUCAGAGGUGAAGGUCGAGAGCCGUGCAUCCUCUGAAACACAUCCCAGCCAAGCCGCACUGCUUCUUGACACAAUGCUGAGUUAAACCCGGCAGCCAGCCACAGCAAUGUGUCGGAGGAAACACCGUGCACCUGAUGACCGUGUCAGCGUACAUUGCACCCUGCCCGCCACAGGAGUCGCUAGUUGUCAAUGUGACAAGAACAUUCCUGCCGGCCAAACCCUCUCCUAACCCGGACGACGCUGGGCCAAUUGUGCCCUGCCCCAUGGGUCUCCCAGGUGCGGCCGGCAGCGACAAGCCUGGACUCGAACCUGGAUCUCUAGUGGCACAGCUAGCACUGCGAUGCAGUGCCUUCGACCACUGUGCCCCUCGGGAGGCCGUAAUGGUCUGAAUACUUAUGUAUUGUAUAAGGUAUGUUUUUAGUUGUUUAUAUUUGCUAAAAUUUCUAAAAGCCUUAUUUAGCUUUGUCAUUAUGGGAUACUGUAAUGUAACAAUGUGGGAGAAAGGGAAGGGAUCUGAAUACUUUUCAAAUGCACUGUACUUGGUCUGAGUAUUCCACGAACAUGAACUACAUUUUUAAGACGAGUGUAACAUUUGAGUCACCCUACACUUUUUUUGAUCUAGAAUUAUUGAUUUACUUGAUUUAAGUUAUAUAAUUUAAAAUGUUUUAUUUAACCUUUAUUUAACUAGGCAAGUCAGUCACGAACAAAUUCUUAUUUACAAUGACUGUCUACCCGGGCCAAACCCGGACGACUCUGGGCAAAUUGUGCGCCACCCUAUAGGACUCCCAAUCACGGCCGUAUUUAAUACAGCCUAGAUUCAAUCCGGGGACUGGGGUGAUGCCUCUUGCACUGAGAUGCAGUGCCUUAGACCGCUGCCUGCGGCACUCAGGAGCCCAUUAUUAUAAUCUGAUUAUUCCAACGAUGUUUUGAUGCUUUUUUUUGUCCAUUGUUAUGUGUUACUUGCACAAUACACCUCCUAAUUCUAAUUAGCAAGUACAUACAUAAAGUUAGUGUUCCAUUGUCUGUACAUGUGCUGUAGCUAUUUUUACUGCCUGUUUUUCCGUCAUUGUAAAAAGUGUUAGCACAUUUUUGGUUUUGUAAGAAAAUGUGAGGUUGCGUUAUGAAUAGGAUAUGAUUUAUGAUAGUGUCGUCCUCCAUAAUUUCUGCUAUUUAAUGACCUUUGUCCAGAUCAUUGUGUGUAAAAAUAAUAAUAAUAAAUAAAAAUGUUGUCUCAGAUCAGGCAAACAAAGUGGCUGUAAAAUAAAGAUAAGGUAUGCUGUGCCAGAUGGAUUGUAAGUUAUUUUAGACUAAUAAAGUAUCCUUGAUUAA